CUUUAGGGUUGAGUGCCAACUGCAAUUAAAAAGAAGAAGAGGAAGAAGAGGAAGACCGCAGCUGUUAGCUAGCUGGUCGAGCUAUAUUUAGCCUAUGGCGUUGAGCGACAGAUAGUACACUUUUUUUUGAUAAAAAGGGAUCGAAACACGUAUUUUAACAAACGCUAAUGGUUUGGGGUCAGACUGUUGUAUUUCUCCCCGCACUGAGUGAUCUUCAGUCUGUAUGGAAACACUGGAGAGGAGGCGUUACCAUCACAAGAAAAAUGAUCAGCAGGCUAACCGCAAAAAAGGAAGCAAUGAACUUCCAGGGUAGUCGGAGGCGAGGAGAGGAUGGCAUUGCUAUGGUGAUUGACUUCCUGCUGUCUAAUGCCCGGCUGGUUCUGGGAGUCGGUGGGGCUGCCAUACUAGGAAUUGCUACACUGGCAGUGAAACGGUUGAUAGAGCGCGCGGGCCGUGCAGCCGACGAUGAAAAGGUGGAGCAGAAGAUGGCUGAGAGCUGGGAGGAGUUGAGUUUGGUCUCAGCCUCCCCCACACUGCUCAAGAAGGGUAUAGAGGGAGUGGUGAUGAAACAUGUUGCCAAGGCAGCCAGACAGCAGAAAGCUGACCUAUGCCAGCAGCCUCAGAUGUCCUCUCUGGAGGUGUCUAAACCUGAGUCAAAGUCCAAGAGGCUCCAGCUGUGCGUCCUCAGUUUGCAGGAGCGUCUGCAGAACUACUACCACACGAGGGCAGCACUAGCUCCACAUGAGGUCCAGAGGGCUCAGUCUCUGGCUCUGGACAUCUGCACUGAGAUCAAGGGCUUUCUGCACAACCGUCACCCCGACAUGCCACUGGGAGAAAUGAACCUUGGAGGUUCUCUACUGGAUGACCUGCAGGUGGUCAGUGCGGACCAUGCGUGUCUGCUGGUGCCUCUACAGCUGGAGGAUUCUCUGUGGCGUCUCAUCCCGGGAGAAGAAACACUGCUCACACACCCGUUGCACUGGAUGGUCCGACGAGUCAAUCUGGAAUAUUUUCCCAGAGGACGGAGCUACUGGGACAGGUACCUUGUGGGUGGUUACCUGUCCGCAGAAGCUGUUGUGAACAUGUUUAGUAAAGCUGUCAUGGAAACUAUAAACUGGCUAUCAAUCAGCAGCACUAUGGACUGUCUCGUCAGACCUGUACUGGGAGGACCAGAACUUAGACUGGAGAUUCGGCCUGGAAAUGAAAACGAAGGCGCAGAGAGCAGUGAUCCACCCCUGUUCAUCUCCAUGUUGCCUCUGCUGAGGCAGGGGGACGUGGUCCUGACCGCCCAGCCCGAGCUGACCUCUCCCUGGGUCAAUGCCUGGCACCUGUCGCUCUACCCGUGGGAAACUCAGCGUCUGGCCCAGCUCGACGCCGCUGACGACGGACACCGCAGACACGCACUUAAAAUCCUGAAGGCGGUGUGCAGACUGAACCCCGCCCUGCGACCGCUCGAAGCCGCGCCGCUGGCCAAUCUCAUACUGCAUCUCAGUGACAGUGAGAGCGACUGGUCCGAGAUCAGCCUGGAUGUGAGAUUCCAGCAGUGUAUCACGGAGCUGAUUGGCUACCUCGAGCAAGGGGCGUUACACAGUUACUUCAAACCAGCUGUCAAUCUGCUGAGUGGCUUGUCAGAGGACCAGGUGGACCAGAUGGGCUUCAUGCUCUACUGCGCAGUGUCAGAGCCUGAAAUACUGCUCAUAUAACUCUCUGCACACACAGCACUUUACUUCUCAAGCUCUGACACACACAAAUCCAAGGAGUAAUCUUUUAUCAUCCGUGAUGUUUGGUUAAAGGCAAAGAUGAAUUCUUCACACUGCCAACUCUCCUCGUUUAGCUUCUCCAUCCUGCACCGAUGAAAGGGAAAAGUUUACGGUUACAGUGACAAAAUGGCAGGCACCAUGGACUGAUGUCUGCGCCGGAGGAGGAGGAGGAGGAGGAGAAGAAGGAGGAGGAGAAGAAGCUACGAGGAGGCUGCAGAUGUGAAAAUGAUAAUCAAACUAAACAAAUCGCCCAGAGGAAAAGGAGACGUGCCAAGGACAGGAGCCGAGGAAGUGUUAACCAAAUGUUUGAAAUGAGGCUUUGGGAUAUACGUGAUCAUAACUCCCGACGCACACAGCUGAGUCUGCAUUUAAGGUUGUGUGAUCAUCAUUUUUCAGAGGGAGUCAGAGAUGGUCAACAUGGCCACAUAGGGUUCAGUAUAGGCAUUAACAGCAGGGUGAGUACAGUUUAUUGCUUCAGUUAUCCUCUAGUUGAUUGAGUGUGCUCUGCAUCAUUUUCCUAAAUCUCCUUCAGUAUAUUCUUACUAUGCAGAAAAAUAAUGACCUGCUGAAGCCCACCAGGUUUUGCUGCACUUAUUAAACUAUUCAGCGUAUCUGAGUUGGGCUUAUUUAACUUCAAAGCGUGUAUAUUUUAUCAUACUGACGGUUGAAGUGUGCAGUAUUUUUGUCUUGUAUAGUGUUCAGUCUCUUGCCAAUCCUAUUUGGGUAAAGUAACCCUUUAAAUUAUGGUUAAAGUUGCCUAAUAAUUUUAUGCAGUUGCUUUUAAAUACAGUAUGAAUGCGGGCAUUUCUUCAGUUUUCUUUUGCUGGGUGUAAGAGAAGUGGGUUUUUUCUGUGAUUGAACAGUGAAACUACAAAUAAAAAUUAAAUUAAAUUAAAAAUUAGAUUCUCACUCAGUUGCUCCAACUU